AUGGAGCUCGAUGAGAAUAAUAAUAAUGCCAGCAAUAAUGCGAGAAGCAACGAAUGCUGCACUAAACGUUUGGCGUCCCGUUGCCCUAGCAGUAGCCAAACGCUCCAGUCGUUGUACGAUCUAAGGCAGAACAACUUGUUGUGCGAUGCUGUCAUUAGACUCGAGGACGGUGGAGUAUUUUCUAUUCAUCGGGCGAUACUGUCUGCCUGCAGUGCGUACUUUAGAACGCUAUUCACGACGACGCUGCACAGCGAAAAACGAACGGAUUUCCUGAUCCCCAACGUGAACAGCCACGACAUGAAUCAGCUGUUGGAUUACGCAUAUCUGCACCGACUAGACGUCAACAAAGCCAACGUGUGCCAGCUCCUCGUAAGCGCAGAUUACUUGGACGUACUCGGUGUCCUCGAGCUGUGCUGCGAUUAUCUCAAGCGAAAUCUCGUGCCCGAGAAUUGUAUUGGCAUUAUGCUGUUCGCCAGGGAACAUUUUUGCCAAGAGCUCGAGGAGGCGGCGCGCCGGUACAUCUGCAAGAAUUUCGUAGAGAUUGCCGAAACAAGCUCGGAGAUACUCACGCUGUGCGUGGCUGACCUGAAGGCAUUAAUCAGCGCCGACGAGUUGAACGUGAAAAACGAAGAAGAUACGUGGGAGCUGGUUCUUCGAUGGAUCGACCACGACCCGAAGAAGCGCAAAGCACACAUAGCCGAAUUAAUGAGCCAAAUACGUUUGGGUUUGCUGGAGACUCAAUAUUUCAUGGAGAACGUGAAGGAGCACCCUUACGUAGUUAGGAACCAAGCGUGUCGGCCCAUGCUCAUCGAGGCGCUGAAGUUCAUCUACGAGCUAGAAACUUUUAGCAUUAACAACGAGAAAAUAGCGACGCCGAAAAUCGGGAGACCACGGAUCCCGUAUGAGAUCCUCUUCGCGAUUGGAGGGUGGACCAAAGACAUGGCGACAAACUACAUGGAAACGUAUGACACGAGGGCUGACCGCUGGGUCAAGGUGCCGCAGGUCGAUCCGUUCGGGCCAAGGGCACACCACGGCAGCGCGGUUAUUGGCGACAACAUUUACGUGGUUGGGGGCUUCGAUGGACACAGUUUCUUCAACAGCUGUCGGCGCUUCAACGUCGUUACGAAAAUCUGGCGAGAAGUUGCGCCUAUGAACUUCAGGAGAUGCUACGUAAGCGUGACCGUGUUGAACGACUUGGUAUACGCAAUGGGUGGCUUCGAUGGGCUCCACCGAUUGUCGAGCGCCGAGCGCUACGAUUACCGACGCAACCAGUGGUCCCUCAUUGCCCCAAUGCGCUAUCAACGAUCAGACGGCGACUGCACUACACUCGACGGCAAAAUAUACGUGGCAGGCGGUUGCAACAGCGCCGGCGAGCUGCUCAAUACGGCCGAGUAUUACGACCCUCGCACCAAUCAGUGGACCCUUAUCGCCCCCAUGCGGUCCAGACGCUGCAGCCUUCGCUGCAUCGCUUACCACGGCUCCGUUUACGCGAUAGGCGGUUACAACGGAAUUUCGAGCGUAACGGUGGCCGAGAGAUACGAUCCGAAGAACAACAUGUGGAUCCGCACGCCAGACAUGUACACGCCGCGCAGGAACUUCGCCCUCGAAGUCAUCGACGACCGCAUCUUCGCCAUCGGAGGCUUCGCCAAUUACUCCACGAGCCACGUCGAGUGCUACGACGACGAGACCAAUCAGUGGUACAAAGCCGACGACAUGUGGGUGAACCGUUCGGGUUUGUCAGCCUGUGUACUGGUGGAUCCACCGAACGUGCACGAUUACCUGCACAAUCGACGCGAACAGUUGCUCGAGGAGAAUCGUCAGCGACAGACCAAGAGCAACCUCAAUCAAUGAACCGCGUACGUCGCACGUCGCGAAUCGACAGAUUUUGGAGGCGCAAGUUCUUCCGCUGGUUCGCUUGAAAUUCCCGAUUGUUUUGAUCUCUGAAUUCGUUCAUGUAUUUUAACUCGCGUGGCUUCGAUUAAAUUUCACGCACACUUAAUAACAAUCUCGCCUUUCCAUUUACUCCCCCGAGAUUAAAAUUCGUCGCUGCUCGCUCGAAAUUCACUCGGCCACCAUGCAUAUCUUAUCCUCGCAAAUUUCUCUCGUAUCUUAUCUGUAAAUGUGCAAAAGUCUCUUCUAAC